AUGAAUUUAAAAAUUCUGUUGUUUAUACGCGCCUGUAGCUCACAAAUGUCAGAAGAAAUUGCAGACGUUGAAUUUAAAGCAAGAAUAGCUGCAUUAAAAUUUAUGAUUCAAAAAUUGGAAAGCGAGCACAACGUAUUAAAUGGAAAGCACCAAACGUUACAUGAACAAAACGAUCGCUUAAAAGCCAGUUUUGAUGAAUUACGUCAGCAAUUUGAGAUCGUUAAGAAUGAGAAACAGCAGUUACAACACUCUUAUGAUUCAAUUCAGCUGAAAGAAAGGCAGCUUGCUGAUGACGUUAUUCGAAUAAAGCAAGAAAAGGAGAAUGUGCAAACUGAUUAUCGCGAGUUAUACGCUGAAAAUAAUCAUUUAAAGGACAUCUACCGUCAACUGAACGAAAAUUAUAAACAACUCAAGGCAAAUUAUGAAAGCUUACAAGUUAGUUAUAAUGAUCUAAAGCGUCACAACGAAAGAUUAAAAGAAAGCAGCCACGAAUUAGAAGAGCGGUAUGACCGCGCUAAAUUGAACUUGGAAUUUGCCAAAAAGCAAAUGCAAACCAACUAUAUUAACGAGCAAUCGAAAGUUGACGCUCAUACCAUAAGGCAAUUGGAAGAUGAAUAUAAUGCUUUAAAUUCUAGUUAUGGUAAACUUAAAAAGGAUUUCGACAAUUUAGACAUUACAGCAGCCAAGGUUGCACAGCGAUGCGAGAUGUUGGAACAGCUACGUUUAACCGCUUAUGAAGAGAUUAAACACCUAAAGCAACAUGAAAAAGUUUUAAUGGAGAGAAAUCAUAAAUUAAUGCAAAGAACUUUAGAUAGAAAAGAACUUUACAUGGAAGAACAUCAUACCUACAAAGAAGCAAUCGACAAACUCAAUCGUCAUAAAGAAGAUUUGGAGCAAAAAUUACAACAAUUUCAGUUGGAUAAAAAUAAAAAAUGGGAUCGAAAAAUUAGGACAUUAUUGAAAAGCAUUGUAAAAGGACGUAAAAACAACGAUAGUGAUGGAAGUCAGAUGACAGAUGGACCUAGAAGGCCUAGACGUGAGUAUAAGGCUUCUGAAUUUGCCACUGAUGUAGAAUCUGAUGGAGGUACUGAUGAAUCUUCGCCAAGACCACAUCGUCAUGGGCGUAACGGUUCAAGAUCGUUGCCUAAUACACCACCAAGCACGCCAAAGAGCGGUAGUCGCAAUAAUAGUCCAACACCAAGAAGAAGAUCACGAUCGAUUAAUCGUUACCAAAAUGAAGAUCAGGUAACACCUGUUAAACGCUCGAAAUCUCCCUCAAGUGCAUUUAAGCCAUACCGAAAUGAAAAGAAAUCUGAAAUGUCACCUUAUCGGCAGAAAUCAUCGGAUGCACAUCGCCCAUCGACACAAAAUACACCCCACGGCAGAUCAGUUACUCCACGGACUAGACCUCAACCUUAUCAAGAGCGAGUGGUUAGUGAUAGAGAUUAUGAUAGCGAUCGACGUUACCCAAAUCAGAGUAACCUGAUGGUUAGAAACGGUGAUUAUCGUAUUGGAGAAAGACCGGUUAGCCCAAAUAGAGAGAAAUCGCGACGUCUCUCACCGACACGAUUGCAACUUGAAAUCGCUACAGCAGAAAGUAGCGGUUCUCUUAAUAGCUCUCCUAGUCAAGAAAUUAACUUAUCCAACCCUCAAAGCAAAUCGCCGAAUAACAGCGCAGGUUUACAGCGCGUACCCACAUUUGAUAACUUACAACUGGGAGUACUACCAGUCAAUCAGACGCCUGGCGUAACGGAAUCAAAUGAUUUAUCUGACAGUACUUAUCCUAAUAAAGAUAUCAAUGAUGAAACUACAUUAAAACCAUUUAAUUACCGAGAUUACAAUCGAUCUGAUUCUGCAUCUGAUAUAAAUAGUAUGCCUAAAGAAGAAGAAUUGAAAUUAGAAAAAUAUUUAUUAGAAAGUGAUACUUCACAAAGCCAGUAUAGAGAAAAGAGCCCUAGACGUAGCAGGAUUAUUCACAGACCACAACCUGCAGUUAUUCAUAAUGGUUCUCUCGUCGCUCAUCCGUCUUCGAACGCGUCAUCUCCUAGUUAUGGUCCGUCACAAAAGGGUAGGCUAAAGCCAGUUAUGCGAGACAAUACGGUACGAAGACCAAGUGUAGAAGGAAUGCAAGCCGCAAGUAAUACCCCGACUCCAAACAAUCAUCCAAAUAGGCAAAUUGGAAGUCAAGCGAAGGUACCUUCGGUUAGUUCUCAAUCUAUCCACCAACCUAAUUAUAAUGUAGGAAGUUCGUAUGAAUCAGCAACUUUGCCAAGAAAUUUUAAAGCGGCACCAAUUGCAUCUUAUGGACCCAUGAAACCAAAUACAAACAAUCGUUCUGAUGAUACUUACGAGUCUUCGACUCUACCUCGAAAUUUUUCGUUCGAGAAGCACCCCCCUGGUGAUUAUUCUUCUAAUAACUAUUACCCACCAUCUCAGCAAGCGCUUAAUUCGCCACGUAACGUUAACUAUAGCAUAAAUAAAUCGACUGGAUAUGACCGAUCGCCACAUUCGACUGCCACCAGUGAGGCAUCGCGAAGAGGAUCUAAACACCCAUCGAAGGAUACAACAAGUGUUAAUUCACCCAGAGGGAAUUACAAUGAGGGAACGCCUUCGAGAAGUCCAAGAAAUUAUUCUAAUCAGGCCCCACUUGCAAGGCCCGAUGAUACUAAGCGCGUUAGUAUUCAAGUAAAGAGAAGUGUAAAACGCUAG